AGAAAUGACAGAUUUUGUUAAUCUAAUUCCUUUCUUGUUUUUCGAUUACAUAUAUUGAAUAUAUAUACAUAUAUUUAGAGGUGAUCUGCACUUAUGUAUAUUAAUGAACUGGUGAGUGAAAGAAUGGAUGAACGAACGAAUGAACAACUUGUAAGAUACCGGAAUGUGGCCCUUGCUUUGCCAGUCCUCGCCUCUACAUCUGUAUCAGAUCCUCCUUGUUCGUCGAUGAUGCUGUUCAGAUUUGAAUUUCUUCUUGAUGUUGAAUGGCUAAAUGUGGUAGGCCGAUCGCAAGAACUCAUUGACGAUCUAUAAAUUCGUGAACAAAAAUUUCAACUUAAUGCUUCUCAUGAAAUUACAUACUGAAUAUUAG